GGCACCGCCACCUGCCGGCGCUGCGCCGUCGUGGGCAACUCGGGGAACCUGCGCCAGGCCCAGUACGGCCGCGACAUCGACAGCCACGACUUCGUGCUCAGAAUGAACCGUGCCCCCACCGCUGGCUAUGAAUCAGAUGUUGGGAGCAAGACCACUCACCACUUCGUUUACCCUGAGAGCUACAAAGAGCUGGCAGAAAAUGUGAGCAUGGUCCUGAUCCCCUUCAAAACCCUGGACCUGCGCUGGGUGGUCACCGCUCUCACCACAGGCACCAUCAACUUCACAUAUGUUCCAGUUCCACGGAAAAUCAAGGUCAAAAAAGAAAAGAUCCUGGUUUAUAAUCCAGCUUUUAUGAAAUAUGUCUAUGAAAACUGGCUCCAGAAUCAUGGGAGAUACCCCUCCACAGGCCUUCUGUCUUUGAUGUUUGCACUCCAUGUAUGCGAUGAGGUGAAUGUGUAUGGUUUUGGAGCAGACAGCAAAGGACACUGGCAUCAUUACUGGGAAAACAAUGCUUCAGCUGGGGCCUUCCGGAAGACGGGGGUCCACGAUGGGGACUUCGAGUUCAAUAUAACUUUGACUCUUGCCUCCAUUGAAAAAAUAAAUUUUUUCAAGGGCAGAUGACCCUGGCCACAGGGAGAAGUGGGGGCUGCAGUUUCCAGCACACAGCAGAACAAAGCUCAGCGAGGAUGAUGUGGGCAGCAGCCAGGUUUGAAGGCAUGGAUCUGUGGUGGAUUCGGAGCAUCUCACUGCUGCAGAGGUCACCGCGGGGAGCUCGGCCGAGGGCCAGCACCCACCCUGCACGUGAUCUACCUACAGAUAGCUGGGAACUACCAAUCAGCUCUGGGAAUAAAUGAAUCUCUGCUUAGGCUCUCUGGCUUGAUUCCUGAAUUACUGGUGAAAAAUCUGCCUGUUGCAA